GGCCAACAUCCAAGUGCAGUGGUGUAUAUAUAUAUAUAUACACCUCAUAGGUUCUUUCAAUCUUCCUUCAGUUUUGAUCCUCCAUUAGUAAUAAUGAGGUCUGCUGUGGCUGUUUUCUUGCUAGUGGCUGUGGCAUUCAGCAGAGCCGAUGACGAUAAGAUCAUCGGCGGGUACGAGUGUCCAGCUCACUCCCAGCCGUGGCAGGUGUUCCUAACCUAUGAUGAUGGGGAACGGUGGUGCGGGGCGUCCUUAAUCAACGAGAGAUGGGCCGUGUCCGCAGCUCACUGUUACAUCCCCCCCCCUCGACUUGCUGUCCACCUGGGGGAGCACAACUUGUUCAACGAGGAGGGCACAGAGCAGAGGAUCUGGGCAGAGGAGGUCAUACCUCAUCCGGACUACAAUGACGUCACAUAUGACAACGACUUCAUGCUGAUCAAGCUGAGUGAGCCUGCCGUUUUCAAUGAGUAUGUGCAGCCAAUACCCCUGGCAACCACAUGUGCACAGGAAGGGGAGCAGUGCCUGGUAUCUGGAUGGGGUAAUCAGAUCAACACUGGAGUGAACUAUGCCACCGUACUGCAGUGUCUGGAUGUGCCUGUAAUCGCACGCUCAAAGUGUGAGGCUUCUUACCCGAACAAAAUCACAAAGAACAUGUUUUGUGCUGGCUUCUUGGAGGGCGGCAAAGAUUCAUGCCAGGGUGACUCAGGUGGUCCUGUUGUGUGCAAUGGGAAGCUACAAGGGGUCGUAUCCUGGGGCUACGGAUGUGCGUAUCCCGGCUAUCCUGGCGUUUAUGCUGAAGUUUGUCAAUAUGUCGACUGGGUCAGAGAUGUCAUAGCCAGCAACUAAGAGUGAAAGUCGAAAUGUCUGUUGUGUUCAGCGCUUUCUCUGAAAAAUAAACAGCAAAUCCUGUAAACAAA